GCAGGUAUAAAGUCGAGCGCCUCUGUCGAUCGGAGCGGGAUAGCAAAUACCUGCAACUCCGAAAAAAAAGGGCGACCGAAAUCUUCUAUCCUUAUUGCAAAGACAAGGAGUGAUCUCAUAAUCAUUAUAUGAAAAUGCUGAAAGUUGUUGCCCCAGUAUUGAUGGCUACAUUGGUGGCUGGCCAUGGUCACGUCACAAACAUUGUGGUCAACGGGGUCUCCUAUCAGGGCUGGGAUAUCAAUUCGUUUCCCUAUUCAAGCGACCCCCCUACAGUUGUCGCUUGGGGUACUCCCAACACAGGCAAUGGCUUUAUUGCGCCAAGUAACUACGGAACAUCUGAUAUCAUCUGCCAUCUCAAUGCAACCAACGCAAAGGGCCAUGCCGUGGUUGCUGCAGGAGAUAAGAUCAAUCUCCAGUGGACAACCUGGCCUGACACUCACCAUGGUCCAGUGAUUGACUAUCUCGCAAACUGUGGUGACUCAUGCGAGACUGUUGACAAGACGACAUUGAAAUUCUUCAAGAUUGAUGGUGUGGGUCUCGUCGAUGAUACUACUGUUCCUGGAACCUGGGGGGACGACCAGUUGAUUGCCAACAACAACAGCUGGAUGGUUGAGAUUCCUCCCACUCUCGCCCCCGGAAACUAUGUCCUGCGACACGAACUCAUUGCCCUGCACAGCGCUGGGAGUGAGGACGGUGCUCAGAACUACCCUCAAUGCUUCAAUCUGCAAGUGACUGGCUCAGGCUCUGCCCAGCCCUCGGGUGUUUUGGGCACGGAACUUUACAAAGCAACGAAUGCAGGCAUCCUUGUCAAUAUCUAUACCUCGCUAUCAACCUAUGUUGUACCUGGGCCCACGCUUAUUAGCGGGGCUGUCUCUAUCACGCAGGCCACCUCAGCUAUCACUGCAUCUGGAACCCCGGCCACCGGAGCAGGCGGUGCUGUGACUACCAGCGCGAGCGCAGGACAGACCUCAUCAACCACUACGGCACGAACUAUCACAUCCGCCACAUCGACCACCACGAGCUCAGCAACCACCCUGACAACUAAAGUCAGCACGAGCAGCACAACCCUUGUCACCAGUAAGACUACCACAACCGCCGCUUCGGAUAGUUCAACUCAAACCGUCUAUGGGCAGUGUGGAGGAAGCGGCUGGUCCGGUGCCACUGCUUGCGUUACGCAGGCUACUUGCACCUCGAUGAACCCAUGGUACUCUCAAUGUGUCCCAACAGCUGUUUAG